AUGUCUGGAGACCAAGACGCAACCUCGUCCCCGCCGAAGUACUCUAGAUACAGAUCAGUACGACACCAGGCGCAUCCCACCAAAACAGAGCCUGCACCUCCUGUGCCAGAAGCACAGCAAGAUGCGUUCUCGAGGACCAAGAGCAUGUCGCGCUAUAGGCGCCCCAGGGCUGUCGCGAAGAACGAACUCGCAGACCAGCCCCUACCCCCUCCAGUCCCCUCAAUUCCCUCAAUCCCCUCGAGAACACAAACUUCUGCGGCGCCUCAUCCAGCCGGACGCGAUACAACGAGAAAAGUAACAGACCCUAUACCGUCAGCACAGCGGCAGGUCCUUGGCACAGGGCGGGAACAGGUGCGUCCAAAGGAGACAGAGAGAGAGCGUCUACGUCGCAAAGCGCAGGAAUAUCGCGAUCGGGAAGAAGCACAGCGCAGGCUCGAGGAACAAGAAGCGCGAGAAGCGGCUGAAGAGGAAGCUGAGCUGGCUCGGCGCAAAGAGGAAGAGGCUGCCAAAAUAUUGGCUGAACAGAAGCGCAAGGAUUUGGAGCGUCUGGAGGCAGAGCUUGAGGCUGCCGCGCCAAUUGCUCCGAGGAUUACAAGUCCAGGUCGCGAGAAAUUCAGCUUCUUCUCGAGGAAACGACCUAUGAGUAAAUCAGCUCAGCCCAGGACUUCGGAAAGUGGAAGUGGAUCUGGAGGGAACUCGAUGUCGAGGACGGAAGCUCCGCGAGCGAUUCUCGAGGGAGGUGGGGGCAUUGUGCCUCAAACUGAUGCUCCCAUCUCUGCAAGUAAUGCUGGGGAAAGACGAGUCUUGAUUCGAUGCAAGCAAUCCUCGAUAAAUCUCCCAAUCACCCCUGAAACCACCCCUGUGGACAUUACAUUCUCAGCUGCAAAUAUCAUGACCCAAAAUGUUAAUCCAUCCACGACCAUUUUACUUGAAUCUUAUACUCAACUUGGGCUUGAACGACGAAUACGGAAAUAUGAGCAUGUUCGAGAUAUCAUGAAUUCGUGGGACAGGGAUACACAGAAUGCUCUUUUACUCCAAGACUCGGAUUCUCUAAAUCAUGACUAUGAUCUCGAGGCAUCUGCGGCUCCGAAAGAAGCACCUCCAGAUGUCACGGUUUAUAUGUACCAUUCGCAGAAACCUCACAAAUGGAACAAACGAUACAUCACACUUCUUUCCUCUGGCCAAAUAUUCGUCUCCAAAAAGCCUCGUAUCAAAAUUUCAGACAAGGAUAUAAACAACAUUUGUCAUCUCUCUGAUUUCGACAUCUACACCUCAACACCCCAAUACACUCGCAAAAGUCUCAAACCACCCAAGAAACACUGCUACGCCAUCAAAUCCCAGCAAAAAACAACCAUGUUCCUCAGCACAGAAAACUUCGUCCACUACUUCAGCACAGACGAUAGCUCCCAAGCCAAUAUAUGGUAUUCCGCUGUCCAACGCUGGCGCUCCUGGUAUCUCGUAAACCGCAUGGGCGAAGGCGCUAGAAAACUGAAGCCCAAACCCUCAAAACCCACUCAUACCAUCAGACCCUCCACUUCCACCUUCGUCGACGAGAAUCCCUACACAAUCGGCUCAUUUGCACCCCUCAUGAACACCGACCGCUUCGCCGACGCCUCCCCGCCAAAACGAGAACCAGACCAUGACUUUGACGAAGAAAACCGCCCUCUCCAAAUACCCUUUCACCUUCGCAACUCAGCAAAUCCCUCCCCAUCAAAGCGAGACUCAAACCGCCAUCCACCACCAGUAUCCUACAAACUACCAUCAGAAGCAGAAGAGUUCUCCUCGUCAGGUUUACUAGGACGCACAUACUCACAGCGGCAAAAAACGCUCCAAGCCCGCGACUCGUCACAAACCCAAGCCCAAAACGCCGGUGCUCCAUUCGUCAACGGCCCCGACGUCCUGCUCAACCGCGAAUCGAAUGGAGCGCAACACCAUCACCAGCGCACCAACUCCGUACACAGCGUGCGCCGGCCCACAAUCAGCGGAGAAGGCAUGAAGCCCAAACCCCUCCUCGAUUUCACGCCGCAGUUCAAGGAGGCGCCGCAGUGGGAUAAACGGGGAAAGGGACGGGGCGUUAAGGCUGAAGAGGGCGUUAUGCUGGUUGAAGUCGCUACGACGCACGAGGCGGCGCAGAUGGCGGCGGGAUUGAGACCUGAGAGGGAUGUUUUUAGACGGGAUCAAGUUGUUAGUAGCGGUGGUGGUGGGGUUGGCGUACAGCAGAGGCCGAAGACGGGGAGGAAGGACGGUGGUGGGGGGGCCGUUCGUUGA